AUGGUGCCGCCCGCCCGAGUGGCAGCCCUCCUCCUCCUGGCGUGCGCCUUACUGUGCUGCGCACCAAAAAUUGCAAAAGGAAAAAAAACUGCAAGGAGAGAAGAAGGAAACCUCUUCCAAAAGUUAAGGAACAAACUAAUCAACUACAUUGCAAGCAAGAAAAAAUUUGAUUCGAACGGAUGGGUAGACGUGUCGCUACUGCAAGGUGAGCGCUUCCAACCAAUCGACCUACGCAUAGAAGACGACAGAGUUAUCUGCAACGCGAGCAAUCAGGUACUCGAAGUGACUGUGGUGAAGCAGAAGUUGCUGCAGCACACAGAUGAUGCGUCCUUCCACGAGUUGACAGUGCACAGUAAAAAGGUAGCCCCCAAUGCGAAGCUGCUCUCCAGAAUUCCGCUAAUGAAGAUGAGACUGCAUCAAGAGCAGCAGAAGCAGCUGCCUGGGGGGGGAACCCCGCCUACAAGACGAGCAGGGCUGCCCCCCCUGCAUGGGUUGCCCCCCAAUUUCGAAGGCUACAUCGUAUGCACGAAAAAAGACACAGAUGCUCUGCUCGUGCCGAAAACAUUGAAAUCGGUGCAGUUCGUGUCGGGGCCGUGGAAAGUGCGAGUUAGCAUAGACUUCUACAGAUGCCCACUCUCCAACUUUGGGAGGAUAUUUCAAGUGACCAUAAUCGACCAAGUGAAUGUGUUGCUAAACAAUGAGAAGUCGUUCAUCUGGCCGAUACCUCUGACAUCCUUUUUUGAAGUGUAUGAUUUCCACCUAGCUGCGAGGGAUUGCAAAAAAGGAAAUUUCUGCCAAUUGGAGAGAACAACAAAUGGGGAUGGACACAAUGGCUCUCUUAUUUUGGAAUGUCCCAGCUGGGGAAAAGCACACAAACUUACCUUAGGAAAUGCCCUACUCCUUUCAGCGUACCUCGGUAUGACCAUCGCUCAUGGGCUGUCCUACCCCUUCAUGAAUCUCUCAGCCGACGAUUACAUAAGUAGCAGGUAUAGCGAAAUUUCGAAGAACUCUCCGAAGAUACGCAAACGGGUUAUAAAAUCUUCCUACCUUAGGGAUGAAUUUGAAGAAGAGGAGAGCAAAUAUUCUCUGAAGAAGCUGAGCCUCAUCACGCAUUUGCUCUUCUUAGGGGGAGCAGGAAUUGCCAAUGCUGCCUAUGGGGUUAAAACCCUCGUAGAUAUUAUCAAAAAUUUGAAUAGCAUAAAUGAUGAGUUCGAGAGGGCCGUGUCUUUCUACCCCUGGGAGCUGCGCUACCCCCAGAGCUACCUCGCCUCGCAGGGGGGGGCAAAGCCAAAGGGCGCACCCCCCAAGGAGCCGCCAACCGGCGUAAAAAAGAACGCGGCGAGCAACGGGCAGAGGGGGACCAACCACAAGGUGGCGACCAACCACAAGUUUGAGGGGAACCACAAAGUGGAGACCAACCAGAAGGUAGACUCAAACAGGAAGGUUCAGACCAACCGCAAAGUCGAGACGACGCACGAGGUGGACGCGCCGCAGAUAGCCCAAGCGGGAGGCGAGUCCGGCGGUGAGCAGACCGACGCACCUGCAGGAGUGACCCAACAGAAGAACAACAAAGGUGAGAAUGACCGCCAAGCCAGGGACCCCAAGGAACUCCCCAACGGAAACGAACCCAGCAUCGUAAAAAUAUUCGAGCAGAACAUUAUAGGCAAUUAG